AUGCGUCCCAUCGAAGAGGGCGGCACUGGCGUCCCCACUGCUAGCGAGAUUCUGCGUGCCUACGCUCGCGCCCGCGGUUUCUCUACUCAGGGUAUUGGUCAGCCCGAUGAGUCCCGCGCUGCACGAUACGUUCUGAAGGACUAUGUCAACGGCAAGCUUCUCUGGGUCAACCCUCCCCCAGUUGCCGAGGACGAGACUCCAUAUGACACCGUCGAGUUUAACAGCGACCUAUACGACCUCGCCCAUCUUCCCGAAAGACGCCGAGCACAACUCAUACAAGCCAAGAUUGGAAACGGAAAGCAUGCCGCAGGAGAAGAAUCCACUGCAGAGCCCGCCGGCGACGUCGACUUAGAGGACCCCUCCAACCUAGCCAAGCUGUCCGUGGAGCCGGAGCUCGGUCGCACCUCCCGCAACCUUGAUACGGGCUUUUUCGGAUCAGAAACCGGCCCCUCUGCCGGUCGUCUGACCCUGCCCUUCCAGUCCCGAUACACCCAGCAGGGCCAGGAGAUGCGCAAGGCGCCAACAGGCCGCAAGGAGCGCAUGAUGGUUGCUCUUGAGCGUGGCGUGGAUGUCUCUGAGGUGAAAGGCAACUCGAAGAAGCACUUCAAGGCAAACAAGCGCCUGGCCAAGGGCAAGCGCAACAACCCUGAGGAUGACGACUACUAA